AAGUUCGAGAUCGUGAUAUCAAAACAAGGAACCACUAAAGAAACUGGUGGCCAUAUAGACACAAAUCUUUUCGAAAAGAUAAAAGAAUUACGUAGUUUGGAUGUAUUAACAAACUAUUUGCAACAAAAAAAAAACUCAAAUGUUAUAAAUCAGGGGGAAAAAAGUAAUACUUUACAAAAUUUAAAAUGUAUUACAACUUUACAUGGCGUUUUAUUUAUAUUUAUCUAAAUAAAAUAAAUAAAAAGGAAGGAAAAAAAAACAAUAAAUUAAAGAAAGACCACUUUAAAAAGAUGCUCUUUCCCUCCUCCCAACCUCCCAUGAGCUCUUUCUCAGUCCCUCUUGAAGUAAGUAAACCACACAAAGACAGAGAGAGAGAGAGAGAGAGAGAGAUUUUCAGACACACAUACACAGUUACAUACACAGUUACAUACACACACUAUGGAUUUGCAUGGAACCGAAUCAAGAACACAAGCUAUGUCCAGCGACUGCGACGACGAUUACAUAGACAUGGAAGUCAACCUCUCCUCCUCCUCCUCUUCUUCCCGCUUCAUCAGCUUCGCCGUCACAUCCUCUCCGCCGCACAGCAGAGAGUUCGAGUUCCAAAUGUGCUCCUCCGCCGCAGCUUCCGGCGAGUCCACCACCUCUCCGGCCGACGAGCUCUUCUACAAAGGCCAGCUCCUCCCUCUCCACCUCCCUCCUCGUCUCCAAAUGGUCCAAAAGCUCCUCGCCUCCUCCUCCGUGGCAAUAUCCACUCCCAUCUCCCCACGCGCCGCCGCAUCCGCAUCCUCGCCGCGGAGAUUCAGCAGCAGCGAGAUCGAGCACUGUUACAUCGAGAUUUCAACGGAGCUGAAGAGCAAGAAGAUGAAACAGUCGUCGAUCACUCAAAAGCUCAAAGCUUCACGCGCUUACUUAAGAUCUCUCUUCUCGAGACCAGGAUGCUCAGAUUCGUCGGAGAUCCACACAAACCUCAAAUCGUCGAAAAAGAAGAACCCUCUCGUCAAAACAGAGUCUUUAAACACAAAGAGUCCUCCACUGAUUCAUAGAAGAUCGUUCUCCGGUGUGAUGAUACAGAGACACUCUCAGCCAAAGUGCUCUGUUUCUUCUUCUUCUUCCUCUUCUUCCUCUUCGCUUUCGUCUUCGUUUAGUUUCGGGUCAAACGGGUCUUUGGAUCUGCAGACGCUGAUGAGAAGCAGCAACGCGGGGUCGGAGAUAGAUAACUCCAUCGAAGGAGCGAUUGAGCAUUGUAAGCAGUCGUUUACGACGAGGAAGAGCAAUGUGGGUGACUCUGAGAACUCUUCUUCGAGAACAUCUGUUUCUACUUGUGGUGAUAUUGAAAAAGGUUGAGACUUUACAAGAAACGUGACGUUCUUUGGCUCUGAUUCUCGUUCCAAAAUGAAAAAGGACAUAGAAAGUUCAAAAAGGGAACUUUUUUGUUAUACUGUUUUUUUUUUCUUUUUGUAUUUUUAGAUUCUUUUGUGUGUGUUUUUUGUUUGUAGAAGUUUGCUGAAAACUGAGAUUUUUUUCUGUGUUAAUGUUAUAAAAAGUUACUAAUUUUAAUGUUCUUGGAUUUAAAUUUGGCUUGUGAACAGAUUCUUCUUCAGUUUAGACGUUAAUUCGUUAACUUUUAGUUUAGAAUUAGUAACAACGACAUACCUGGUUAAUGAUAAUUGUCUCGUUUUUUGUAACCUUGUUCUUAAUAUAAACUAUUUAAUCAUUUAGUAUGAUAUUUCAAAAGAUAAUGACAGUUACCAAAAACAUUCUGUGAAGAAAUUUUUUUUUACUUAAGAUGGACUGUUUUGACUGUUAAAAAAAGACUAUUUUACGUUUUGAUGAGAUUGUAGAAAAUCUCCAAUAGAAAAAUAUGCUAAAAGAUAUUUUAAAACUAAAAUAUUACUAUUUACAAAAUAUUUUAUUUAAUCAUCAAUUUUAAUUUUUAAAAGAAUUAUAAUUUGAUACAUUGAAAAGAGUUUUUAGUAUCUCAUGGAUUUUCAUUUGAAAUAAUCUUCCUUUUUCUGCUUUGAUAUUGGAAAAACUCUUUGAUAUGUUUGUUUCCUUAGAGUUGCUUUUAUGUUCCGUUAAUGCAUUUAUGACAUAGUGGAAGAUUUUAGGUAAACAUCAUUGCAUCAACGUGUAAUUGAACAAAUUUCAAUUCCCUGGAUGGAUUCAAUUUCAAUUAUUUCGGAUUUAUUAGCAAUAGUAAUUUCGUGUUGCUUUGACCCAAAAAAAGGGUAAUUUCGUGUUGUUGAUCUAUGGUGCUAAACUCUACGACCUUCUGCAUUUAUGUAACUCAUCAGCUAGAGCGUAGUGAUCACAUGUCACUAGUUUUCCUUUGGCAUUUAUUAUGCUAUUAUUAUCUACUAUCUUAUAAACCAUUACAAAUGCAUUAAAUUCUUAUCGAAUUAUACAAUUGCGUAUAAUCUAAUGGUUUGACUCAGUAAUUAGUUAAUUAUACCACCAAUCGAGUUUAGAUUUAGUAGUAUAAAAACGUCUUGACAAACAAACAAAUACCAUCACAAAAAUAAUACUCCCUCAGUUUUACAAAAAUAGAUUUUUUUUUUGUGUUUUCACACAUAUUAAAAAAACACAUAAAAUCACUAUAAUAAAUGCAUUAUUUUUUGUAAUUUUCAAUUUUCAAAAUUUUUUAACUAAUAGUAACUCAAUAAAAUCAAUUAAUUUUUUUGAAAAUCACGAUUUGUUUAUAGAAAAUACAAAAAAUUAUAUUUGUGAAACAAUUUUUUUUAAAACAUUUAACUUAAUGAAAUGGAGAGAAUAGUAUGUACUACUGAAUAUUUACAAACCAAAAAAUAAUAGUAAUUUAUAUGUACGUCACUCAGUGCUCAAAUGUUUCAAACGAGUUAUAGUUGUCAUCCCAAAUCCUACACUAUCAAAUACUCCUCAUCCCAAAAUCAUGAAUGGGACCAUAUCUCUUGUAGUGAUAAACUUCAAGAAGCUCACAAUCAUUGAAAUCUUUAUACAUAUUUGUUCUGUUAAAGAAAUAUUUAUAUUUUUGACCCCCAAAAAAGAAGAAAUAUUUAUAUUUGAAAUUUUAUUUUUAAUAAAAGAUACUUUUAAGUUUGUGUGUGGGGUUAGAUUUAAGAUUUAUAUGAAUGUAAAGCUGGACCCUAAAAAAAUGGGCCUGUUUUCGCUUUUCUCCUUCUAUCUGUACUCACAAGACCAUUUAAAUAACGAUUUAUUAAAAUAAUUAUAGUAUAUGGCCUAAAUUUUUAAAAAUAUUUUCAGAGAGAAAUCGAGAUAUCUCACUAUUGCUGUAAAGUGACUUCUAUUCAGUUUGUUUCCUCCUUUUUCUUUUGAGUCCACUCAUUUAUAACUUAUACCCCAAAAACAAACUCCACUUCAGUGUCAAAAUUUUCAUGGAAUUUGUUAAUGGAGUUAUAAGUUUGAAUAAAGUCUGAAAUAAAGGAUAAUCUUAAGUUUGAAUACCAUAAACCAUAAAACCUUAUAUGAUGUUUUUUUUGUCAUUCAAAGCUUUCUAGCUAUGCUGUUAAAUAGUAAAAAGGUGAUAAUAUAAUUAUAUAUCGUGAAACUUAAACUGAUAUAGUGAUGUAUCAUGAAGGUAGUCAAUGAUUUAUUAUGAAACCUCACUAUUGUUUAUUCAGUUCAUUGAAUUCAUAACGUAAAAUUGUAUUCCAUCUCUUUCAAAUUUUUAUGUGUUUUGGAUUUUUUUGUUUUGUUUCACAACGUUAUACUUUCCUGUUUUCUAUCUAUAAGUUAACAUAUUCUCAACAUAUUUCUAUAGUGAUUUUUAAAACUCAAAACUUCAAUAAAAUUAAUAUAUAUGAGAUUCUUUAAAAUGAGUGGAGGAAUUGCAUCUAUAAUUAGAAACUUGAAGAGAAUAAAUGUGAUUAAACAGAACAAGUGUUACCAGAAUUUCCAAUUUCCAGAAAGAAAAAAAUGCUAGGUACCACAUAAAUAGAUUUCAAAAGUUGCUCUAAGUCUAAAGUUUACCCAACGCUAUAAAAACUUGAAUUUUCUAAUAUACUUCGAUUUCACUAUCAUUGGAGACAUUCCGGUCUGCUGAUCUAUUAUUUGUUCAUUUGUUUCCAUAACUGGUAUCUGCUUUCCAUAUUUUAAGUUUUGGUAUUAAGCCCGAAAGCUCGUCGAACUAAAGUAAUAUCGGGGAUUUAAUAUUAAACCCUAAUUUCUCAAACCUAGCAUUCCACUUAUAUUCAAAAUUUAAUAUAUCCAAGUUGUAUCCUCUGAUGUCGCCUUUUGUAAUUCGCUCGACUAGUUUAGAGAUAGCCAGAAUUAUUAGCUAUAAGGAUACCAUAUUAAAGGUGCGGUCCUUGCAUCCUUGGUCCAGAGCCAGUUGGCCUUGCUACCAUAUUUGAGUUUUAUAGGAUGGCUUUGGGAAAAUGCAUGGGUCUUCGUUAUUCAAUCCCAACUUCACCAAGUAAUAUACAACAUUUAUGUGUUAAUUUAAAUUGCAAAAAGAGAAUAAAAUACACACCACUCUUACUUACUCUCGUAGCAACAAAAACGAAGCUUCGCAGCAAAGAGAUCAUAGUGUACUGUAUUUUCGAUUAAUCAAAUAGAUUAACAAAACUCCGCGUGGUGAAAAAAUCUCGUUGAAAAUCUUAAGUCCAUGGAAAGCAUGAUGAGUGUCAGGUCCCUGAAAGUGAGUAUUUUUCGUUUUCCAUGCAUCAAAAUAUCACUGAAACGAUUAAAGUAGCUUGUAAUUAUCAAAAAGUAAACACAUGACUUUAAUUGCUACUAACGUGCGACUAAUUAUUAACAACAAAAUCAAAAACACUAAUACUUUAACCAAAAAACAACACAAAGAGUAUUAUAAACUUCCAGCUCAAGAUCGAUGACUAUGAGUCCAUAGAAUUUAAACUGUAAAACAAAACAUACACUAUAUUAUACCAUAAAAUUCAUUAAACCAAAAAAACAUAUAAACACUACACAUGUUCGAAAUCAUUGUCAAAUAUAAUUUGAAGUUUUAGAAGUAUGUUAAACAAAACAAUCAUUUACAACGUAAAAUAAAAUACAAUUUCAUGAUAAUAUUAAUAAUAAAGUACCAUUCGUAUCCCUGCAUAUCAGUAAACUGUUCCCCUUGUAGUAAAGUCCAAAAUCCACAUGAUAUGAUCUACAACAGGAGUCAGAAGGUGAAGUGAGCCUUUCCACAGUUUGAGCUUUGACCCAUUCUAAAGUUUCAGUUGACGACUAAAUCUUGUCAGUCUAUUCGUACGAUUAAUAUAAAUAAAAUAAAAUUGCAAGAUUCAGAACAUGUGACAAAGAACUGUAGAAACUACGAUAAAUAAAUCUAAUAAUUAAAUUUAUUUUGGGGACAAUUCAGAAAAGCUAUAAGAUUCAAAGAGUUAUCCUGUGUCUCCAACUAAAAUGGAAAUAAAGCAACAACAUCAAUUAUAUAUGUACAUGGAACCCACUUCGCUUAUCACAUAACUGGUUUCAACUGUUUAUACACUUCUCAACUCUCUGAAUAGUAAACGCUAACUACUAAAAUCCAUCGCAUUUUGUACAAUAACUCUUUGUGUACUCCUCAUCAAUCAAGAAUUCAUCUAACAAGCAUGAACCUAACUCUUUAGAUCAAUUACAAGCCACAUUCAAGUAAAUGAGACACAAGUGAGAUGGAAGCAAAUGGACAGAUAGACAAUGACAAAAAGAAAGUCUUUUCGUAAUCACAAGCAAGCAUGAAUCUUCGGACCACUUAACUUGUCUGUGGAUAGCUUGUCUUCUUCCCUAACUCGGAAAGCUUUUCAGAGAUUACUCCGUUUGAUACUGUUUACAUGUAGCUUUUGUCAAGAGUCCCGACCCAACACAUACCUAACUAAAGAAAGAAAGAGCAUUGAACAUGGAUUGCAAUCAUAAAGUUUCCAUUUAAUCUUGUCAUCCUCAAAGCUGUAUUGUGAAAGCAACCAUUUGAAUAUCACUAAGGUAUAAUGUUUCAAUAAUGAAUUGACAAAAUUAAUUGUCUGUAGGCAAACAUUCCUCAACAAGCGAUGUAUUGGGGGCAAAGAAGAGAUAUAAAAGAUUCAAAGUAACACGAUGCUUAAACGUCACAUCAUUUCUUUUUCUUUUUUUGCCAAAAAUAUGCAUCAAUAAGCUAUCCAAAAAGAACAAACAUACUACGUGAAUGUAGGUGUUGAUUGAAUAUUUGCCUAACAUUUUCUGUUGCAAUCACAAGUACAAGCAAACCUGGUGCUUUGUGAGCUGUUUGAAUGUAGAUCAAAGAGAACAUACUUUUGCCUCAGCUGAAACAUUGCAGUUAUUAUUAGUGGUUAGAUUGUUCAAAAACCACAAAAUCAUUAUUGAAAACCAAUAAGAUCAACUUGCAUGGCUUGAAAGAGAGAUCAUCACUUUUUCAAAAAAAAAAAAAAAGAGAGAUCAUCACUUUUUCAAAAAAAAAAAAAAA